GUGGGGGUGCGGUGCGCCCAUGCUGCGUGGCGGCUCGGGUCACUGAAUGUGAGACAGUGUCCCUGGGUGUCAGCAACGCACACACCGGUAGGAACCCUGCUUCGACGUGGGUGUCAUGACUUAAAAAUAGAUGCUAAUCCGGCAGCGCGCGCGAGCAGCAGCAGCCCCGGCGGCGGCGUUGCGGGAGAUCAUGGCCGUGGGGCGGCCUGCGCCUGCGAUCGGCCUCGGGAACUGACAGCGCCCACUGCGCGCAAACAGCUACCUAGUGACCGAACCCAUCAUCACUACAGUAACCGUGCAGCUGCCAGGGUUCCUGCUGCCUAGAAAAUGUGCCCUGGUAACUGGCUUUGGGCCUCCAUGACUUUUAUGACCCGCUUUUCCCGGAGUAGCUCCAGGUCUCCUGUUCGCACAAGAGGGAGCCUGGAAGAGAUGCCCACCGUUCAACAUCCCUUCCUCAACGUCUUUGAGUUGGAGAGACUUCUCUACACAGGCAAGACAGCUUGUAACCAUGCCGACGAGGUCUGGCCAGGCCUCUACCUUGGAGACCAGGACAUGGCCAACAACCGCCGUGAGCUUCGUCGCCUGGGCAUCACUCACGUCCUCAACGCCUCACACAACAGGUGGCGAGGCCCACCUGAGGCCUACGAGGGGUUGGGCAUCCGCUACCUGGGUGUGGAGGCCCACGACUCACCAGCCUUUGACAUGAGCAUCCACUUCCAGACGGCUGCCGACUUCAUCCACCGGGCACUGAGCCAGCCGGGAGGGAAGAUCCUGGUGCACUGCGCUGUGGGCGUGAGCCGGUCUGCCACCCUGGUGCUGGCCUACCUCAUGCUGUACCACCACUUCACCCUCGUGGAAGCCAUCAAAAAAGUCAAGGAUCACCGAGGCAUCAUCCCCAACCGGGGCUUCCUGAGGCAGCUUCUGGCCCUGGACCGUAGGCUGCGGCAGGGUCUGGAAGCUUGAGGGGAGGGGAAGGGAAGUCAGGCCAGGCCUGUCAGUGGGUCCCUGGCUCCCAGCUGGAGAGAGAGGUCCAGGUGGCAAGUAGUAGAAAGUCUAGAUAACCCACCCUCCCCUGGUGGCUGGAGAGAAGAGGACCCCAGCCACUCUUGCUCUUUUUGGGAGGGGAUAAGGAAUAAGACUGGGUAGUGUGGUGGAUGGACUAACUGUAGGUAGAAGUGGUCCUGGGAUUCAGACACUGCUGAAUUCCACCAAGGUGUGUUCAGUGACUAGUAGUCCCUUUCCCACUUUGUGUUCAAGUGUUCCCUUCUGUCACUUACUGAAGCAAAAGGGCCAUCUGUAUCCUAUGUCUGAGCAGGGAGUCAGGGAUGCAGAAGCACGGGUGUAUACAGACCACAACAUAGAGACAGAAUAGAGAAGAGAUGGUGUGAAAAGCCAUGAAUCCAGAGGAAGAACUCACAGGUUUGUUACUCCAAGCACAGGAAGAAGAGGUGUGGGAGGUUUACCAUGGGAGCUGCUCAUGGUCGAAAGAAUGACAGAGGUGCAUGACUCAGAGUCUUCAGAUGGUAACUUGCAUACUGGAUCCAGGUGACUGGGGAAAAAUAAAAAUGGUGGAAAAGAAGAGAGAUCCUUGAUAUCAUAUACAGUUUUAAAGGGUUCUGUGCCUCUCUGCUGGGAAGCCCAGCUUUGGUGGGCAUAGCUGUGGGCCCUGACCUCCUCAUGAUGGUGAUAAAUACCUCCACCAGUUUUUAUGGAAGCACUAGGAAAUCUUGAGCUGCUAUUUCCAGAUAGUCCACAGAGAGGCAGAAGAGCACCAACAACUCUAGAUCUACCGCUGCUUUGUGUCACCAGGAAACCAGAUCCUCCUCUUUCCAUGCUUACCUGGGUCUGUCUGUGCCCACUAGUCCUCAUUCCAUUGAGAUAACAGAAUAUCAACGUUAAAUCAAUCCCAGCCCUGAAUCUCCUACAUUUAGGGGUUUGUGUUUUACCUGGUGCCACAGUAUCGAAAAGGGCGGGAGAAAGAUGACAUAACUGCUUUCUCUUCUAAUCCUUACAGGUGUGCUCAGAGGAAUGUAACACGAUAUCCUUAGCAAAGUUAAUCAAAAAUGAGCCAGUAUUUAAUCAUUUCUCUUAGACCAUAUUUGAUGACAGCCCUUCUCAUGGUUUGAAGCUAGCUCCCAUGAUACUCUUCUGUCUUACUUUCAGCCUAACAGCUCUGUUUGUUUCCAACAGUCUGUAAUUUGUCCUCUUUCCAGUUUCCUCACCACCCUGCAUCCUUUCCUUCUUUUAGUAACCAGAAUUCCAGAUCUCUCAGAAUUUUUAGGUCUUAAUGCUCCCAAGUAGACUUAUAAAAUAGGAGGGAAGAAGCUCUGUGGACUGGAGUCUCACGAUUUGGGAACUGUUGAGAGACAAAUUUCUCUGAAGGACAGAGGGAGGCCUUGGUUAGCAGUGGUAACUCUUAUUAAAAUGUGUUAAUCCCCUUAUCAGAGCCAUGAGCCACAGGACUUAGUAUAACUAAAAGAAUUCAAGGGCUGGGGAUGUAGCUCAGUGAUAGAAUGCUUAUCUAACAUUCAUGAGGCACUGGGCUUGCUCCCUAGCACUGGAAAUAAUAAUUAUUAAUAAACUCAAAAAUACCUCAGGCUCUUAGAAAGACUCGCUGUAACUAUGAUCAGAUCAGGAUAGCAUACAAGUUAAUCAGCACCUCCUUUGUAUUCGUCUAGAAUCCACACCAUUUUUGUUCAAUCUGAAUGUACCCUACACUUUGUUCCUGAUUAAAAAAACUUGAGAAUGUAAUUCUAACUUUUAGUAGUGAAGUAUAGCUACUUAAGUAUAUCUGACAAAAACAAACAAACAACAACAAGAAAAAAAAAACGGCAUCCAGAUUAUCUUUGCAGAGCAAGUUAAAUCUUUUUAUUAUUUAACAAAAGCCAUGAUACGGCUAUGCUAGACAUACUUCUGUCUUCAGAGAUACAAACUCCUUUAAUCCUCAUAAACCCCUUGAGACGUAGGUGUAAGUGGCAAUGCUUAGGAACGGGUGAUCAAGGUUAUCUAAUUUGCCCAAGGACAUAUGAAUAGUAAGCGGAAGAGCCAUAAUUAAACCUGGCUUCUCUGGUUCCAGAAUCUGUGUAUAAACAUCAUAUUGCUACGUUUUGCCUUCAGCUCCUCCAUGUAAGGUUGUAUGUAAGUGUGGCAGAGGGUGAGUGGGCCUGUGGUGUCAGACAUAGGAAGAAUUGGAAUUGCUACCGAGCAACUCCCCCAAACCUUCAGACUGGCUGCUCCACCUUCGCUGGCUUUGAUUGUUUGCAUUUGGAAAUAUUAGUUGAUUGAGGAUCCCCCUGUCUUUUCUAGAUUGCCACUCUAAAGAGACCUAUGUGGCUCAAAGAGAAGGAGAGGGAGCCCACAACCUGGUCAUCACACAGGUAGAAUCAGUCCCAUCCUCCAAGCAGGCCUUAGCGUGACACCUGUCGCUCCCACCUACCAAAACUGAGGUUCCGUGUCCAGCUCCCUCCAUCCUAGUCUUAAGCAAUUGACCAUUUGGACCAAAACAAAGGGUCUGAAAAUUAACAGGAAGAAAUGUACUCCUGUUAGAUGCAGCCUGUGCCUCCAGCUACCUGAGCCUAAGUCUUCUGUAGGUGACAUCCCAGUCAAUCUUGUCACUCUGCUCCUUCCCUGGUCUCUAGUCUCCACCUCUGCAGUUGAUGCAACCCCUUGAGGCAGACCCUGGAGACCACUGGAGAGAGGGGAUGUUUGCCUGAUCCUUCACCCCUGUAACUAGUCCAAACUGAGAGGUGCACAGGGAGUGCUGCUAAGAGUAAACUGCUGCUUCUGAGCCCCGGAAUAGCAGGUGGAACUGGGGUGAGACAAGUAGCUGAUUCAGAAUUAUGCUGGCUCUAGAGUACUCCAUUUUGCUUUAGCCAAGGGUCUCUGCUAGAAACAGAUGCCUUAAAAGGAAAUUUGAGGCUCAAUAAUAGAGCACUUGCUUACCAUACUUGAGAACCUGCAUUCAAUCCUCAGAACAACAAAAAAGAAAAAAAAAAAAAACCCACACAUUUUUUUUUUUUUUAAAGGUUGGUGGAAGGAGAGAAAAACCCAAAUCUAUUGACCCUGUGGACUGUGCCACCUUACCUGAUAUAUUAAUCUAUUUUCUGGUCCUAUAACAGAACACUUGGUGCUGGGCACUUUCUAAAGAAAAGAGGUUUAUUUAGCUCACAGUUCAGAAGGGUGAGAAUCCAAGAUCAGGUGGCCCCAGUGGUUUGGUGACUCGUGAGGACACCCUGGCUGUAUCAUAUUGUAGUGGAUGGUGUCAAGGUGGGAGCAUGUGUGAGAGGGAGAUCACAUGGUAAGACAGAAGGCCAGAGAGAGAUUCAGGGGUCUUGAUCUUUUAUAACUCACUCUCAAUAAAACUAGCUGAGGUCCCAUGAGAACUUUACUUGUCCCAUCCAAGUACAGUGCCACUAAUGACCUAACUACCUUCCACUAGGCCCCCAUCUUUUGAAGGGCCCACCACCUCUUCAUAUCACUGAGUGAUUGCACACUGAAGACCAAACAUGAACCUUUGUGGAAUAACCUACACCCAAACCAUAGUACCUGGCCAAAGGAAUUUUGCUUAUAUGAUUACAAUCAAAACCUUGAAAUGGAUAUUAGCCCUGGGCUCAACCACAUGAAUCCUUAAAAGUAUGAACCUUUUCUUUAGUAUGAGAUUUGAUGUGAGAAGGAUUGGACCCAAUUGCUUGUUCUCUAGAGGGAGGCAGUCAUUAGCUAAGGAAUGCUGGUGGCUUUUAGAAGAUGGAAAAGGCAAGAAAGUGAAUUCUCCUCUAGAACCUCCAAAAAAGAAUACAGCCCUAUUGACUGCUUGAUUUUAGCCCAGUGAGAUCUGUCAAACUGGUGACUACCUAGCUAUAAAAUAAUAAAUGUGUACUGUAAAUAAAUACAUAUUGCUUAAGCCAUUAAGUGUGUGGUAAUUUGUUGCAGCAGUACAAAACUAAUACAGGCCCUUUGACUCACCAUGAAGAACUGACCCCGUGGACAUCCAGCCACUGUUAAAAAUGACAGAACUGGGGCUGGUGGAGUGGCUCAAGUGGUAGAGCACCUGCCCUAGCAAGCAUGAGGCCCUGAGUACCAAAAAACAAAAAAAAAAAAA